AUGUCUUGCACCACCAAGAUGAUGAACGGACGCGCGCCGGACACGCACAAGCUGCUGAGCCAUUUAUCCCCCCCGGCGUCAUCCUGCACGUUCCCUGUUGCGCAGUCGCUCUUCAUUCUGCGACUGCUUGCGGCCGGGUUCCAGUGCUAUUCCGCCAAGGCUGUGCAACGAGAUCACCAACCAACAUUCACCACGCUUAUAGAGGAUAUUACCUCCUUUCGAAACGAUUUAUCACAUUCUAAUCACGACCACGUGGAACACUUCACAACAAUGCUCAUCAACUGCUUCCGUGGCGCCGACAGCAAGCCUGUCGGCGCCAUUGACGAUCACCGGCCUCAAGCGCCCAGGCCAGCUACUCUUUCCGCAACACCUCGCAAGUCGUCGCGCUUCAUCAAGCGACAAGGGAGCGAUGAGUCGCGACUCUCCAGCACAUCGACCAAUUCCACAAUAUCGAACGAAAGCAUAUCGAAACUCCCACCAUGCAAACGAGGAUCCGACCCGAAGAUCGAGGCCAUGAUGAUGCCGCUGCCACAGGACCAUCGACCGAGCAAGUGUCUUCGACUGUCACAUCCACGAACGUACGGCAACCUGGUGUCGGACAUGAAACGGAGCAAGGGUUGCCGUGACUGGAAGAACUUUGCUGUCUUUCCGACCGACGAUGUGGAUAUGAGCAUUACGGCGGACGAGGCGGCACGGCAACGGGCGAUCGAUUAUCAGAGGAAGGUCAAGCAGCUGAACUCCAGCUUCCAGUGGAGCGAAGGGUCCAACCGGUCAAUUGAGGUCGACAUGAUUGGUUGA